CCAACUGAAACAUCAGCUAUUCCUGUCUGAUAGCCUUCACACUGGGACCUCAGCACCUGGUUCUCCACCACCUUUUGGCCUUCAGACUCAACCUGAGACAUCAGCUCUACAGAUUUCAGAUUUACCAGCCUCCUCCAUAACCAUUUUGCAAGUGGGAAACUUUGACUCUGAAUUGAUACUGCCUAAGUCACCUGCCUGACCAAAAUGAAGAAGACAUCUGAGAUCUGCCAAUCCAGAUUGCCAGACAACACUGCCUUGAAGCAGCAGCAAUUGCCCGCCUACCGGCUACGGCUCUCGGCCGCUGGAGUCCUCUCUGGCUUUUUUGCCACAGGAGCAUUCUGCCUUGGUAUGGGCAUCAUCCUUAUAUUGUCUGCAAAGAGUAUCAAGGAAAUAGAGAUUAAAUAUACAAAAACAUGUGGAAAUUGUGCAGAACUGCGAGAAGAUGCUAUUAAUUUUGACAAAGAAUGCACCUGCUCUAUUCCCUUUUACCUUUCAGAGACAAUGAAGGGCAAUGUUUAUUUGUACUACAAAUUAUAUGGCUUCUAUCAGAAUCUCUAUCAGUAUAUUCUAUCCAGAAGUAAUAGCCAACUGGUGGGUACAGAUUUAAAGGAUGUUGGAAACUGUGCUCCAUUUAGCAGGUCCCACAAUGGGACCCCCAUCGUUCCUUGUGGUGCUAUUGCCAACAGCAUAUUCAAUGAUACCAUUAUUCUUUCAUACAACCUUAAUUCAUCUAUACAUAUCAAAGUCCCAAUGCUAAGGAGUGGAAUUACAUGGUGGACAGAUAAGUAUGUCAAGUUUAAGAAUCCAAGUACCAUUAAUCUUUCUAGUGCAUUUGCAGGAACUGCAAAGCCCCCAUACUGGUCUAAGCCUGUAUAUGAACUGGAUUUAGAGGAUCCAGGAAACAAUGGCUUUCUCAAUGAUGACUUCAUUGUAUGGAUGCGGACAGCUGCCUUUCCCACUUUCAAAAAACUAUACCGUCGACUCAGUCGAAUACAGUAUUUUAUUGAUGGCUUGCCUGCCGGUAACUACAGCUUCAACAUUUCCUAUAAUUUUCCAGUAACCAGGUUCAAAGGAGAAAAAUCAGUUGUUCUUUCCACCCUGACAUGGAGUGGGGGUAGUAGCCUUUUCUUAGGUCUCGCUUACACAGUAACAGGAGCUAUGACAUGGUUGGCCGCCUUUUCCAUGAUGGCAAUCCACUUGAUGCUGAAAGAAAAGACAAUGCUCUUCAUUGAGCAGUAAAGUCAAGUUUUAACAAGAAAACACAAAAAUGGACAAUGAAGCCACUAACAGAGCCAAUGAUUUCUGACAAGGCUCAACAUGACUGGGAUAUUUCAUCAAAGGGUUCUGGAUUGACUGACCAACGGCAAUCUCAGAUAGACAAAUAAUGAGAGUGAAGAAGAGGAAGAAGAGGGGGAGGAAGUGGUGGAGGAGGAAUUAUAUAUAAUUAUGUAUAUAGUAAAAUGUCCUUGGAAUGGGGAAGGUAAA